CGUUUAAUAUUUUGGUUAUUUUUAUAUACCCACCUCUUCUCUUCUUCUUCUUCCUGGAGAUUUGUGUUUAGGCAAAACUUUAACAGAGACUGUUCUUCUGUCUCUUUCUUUCUCUUUGCUUCUGAGGUCUAUUUCACUGUAUUUCUGCAGAAGCCAUAGGGAUAUAGAUAAUAAGUUUUAGCUCUUCCUUUGUCACGUUUUAACCAAAGGCCAUCUAUAGCCAUUGAUUUGUAAUCCUAUCUUCUUUCUCUUUGCUUUAUUUUUGCCUAUUCUUCUUCUGUUUGAAGAGGCUGAAGAGAGAGAGAGAGAGAGAAAGAGAGGGGGGAGGUUUUUCUUUUCUUUUCUUGUUUGCCGGAUUGUUUGUGUGUAUUGAGUAAGAGGAGGGGAGUGUUGAGGAGGUGUUGAUUUAUGUCGGCUGGGUUUGACUUGGCUGUGAUUGGGGCUCUGUUGCAGCUCUGUUUUUCAUCUUCACUUCUCAUUCUCGGCUCUUUCAAGCGGAGCCUCAAUCUGCUGUUUUCAUCUGUUUCGAUGCGUUUGAGGCCGAAGAGGACUUGUUCUGGAGUCAAGUGCUUUGGAGCUUUUCAUAUAAAACGAUUCUCAUUCCUUCUUUUGCUCUUUAGAAAAGGGGGUUUCACUUAGUUUCAUUCAUUCUUCUUCUUUCCUCUCUUAAAUUUUGGCCUCUUACGAGUUCGACUACCAUUUUUCUUGAGUUGAAGAGAUUUUUUUUUUCUUUUAAAUUUUGUUUUGCCCAUUAAAAAUGCCAGAGCCUCGACUUUUACAGUUAACGAAUCAAAAAAGUUUUGGAAAAAAAUCCAAGUCCAGAACCGAAGAUUUGAAGAUGACUCGGAAAAUCCGCGUUAUCUGUAACGAUCCAGAUGCAACCGAUUCAUCUUCAAGCGAAGAUGAAGGUGAAGUCCAAACUAAAUCCCUCAAAUUGAAACGAAUCGUUCGAGAAAUCCACCUUCCCCUUUUCCCUUCUCAUUCCUCGAAAUCAAUGGAUGUAACUACAAGCACUCCGAGCUCUUCCCAAGAUAGCAACAAUGGCGGCAAAAACCUAGAGCUGAAGAAGAAAAGGGUUUUAGGUACAAAAACCCUUUCCACAAGAAGAUCCGCCUCUCAAUACAGAGGAGUUCGUCAAAGAAAAUGGGGCAAAUGGGCCGCUGAAAUCCGAGACCCUUUCAAAGGAGCACGCAUUUGGCUUGGAACUUACAACACAGCUGAAGAGGCCUCCCAAGCCUACGAAUCUAAACGACUCGAAUUCGAAACCGCCAUGGCGGCCGCCCCUAAAAGCAGCAGCAACAUAGUCAUUACUUCCUCAUCUUCUUCCUCGGAGGAAAACGAGGAAGAAUCCGACAGCGUCGUCUCACAAACAUUCCCAGCCGCCGCCAUUAUUGAAAUGGAAACAUCUUCCUCUGCUUUGAUCAAAGAAGAUGAAGAGGAAGUGAUUGACACGAAUUUGAUUAACGAACUUCAAGUUCCCGAUUUGGGGUUUGUGGAUGAAGGUAUGGAAAUCAAUUUAGGGCUACCGGAGCUUGACCAGUUUUUCAUGGACGACAUUGGUCAAUUCUUGGACGAUUUCUCUGCCAUGGAUGACAUUCAAAUUUAUGGAUUCGAUGACGAUGUACCCAGUUGUCUUCCAGAUUGUGAUUUCGAUGAUUUUGGAAACGAUGAUAUUUCUUGUUGGGUGGAUGAAGCUCUGAAUGUGCCUUGCUCAUGAGAAAGUUUUGCAGAUUAGAGUUGAAGAAAGAAAGAAAGAAAACAGGGUUUAAUGUUUUUAAUUUAUUUGUUGUUAUUAUGAUGUUGAUGAUGAGGUUUUUUUGUUUUUGUUUUUGUUUUGUUGGGGGUUCUGGUAAAAGACUUUGAUUUUCUCGGGAAGAUGUUAAAGAUUUUCCGGGAUUUUUUUUUUUUGAUGGAGAGACGAGAUUCAUAUCUUUUGGGUUUUCUUGUGCUUUGAGAGCCGUCCAACGAUAUGAAUUUCUUUGUUUUUUGUUUUCUUUUUUUUGAAAAUUAAUUUUUAUAAUUAUAUUGUUCUUCGGAAA